GGAAUAUCUCCAUCCAGCAAAAAGAAAUCCCACAGUCAGUGAAAAAAGAUGGUUGUGUCAAAAUCAUGGACUAUGGUGAGACACUUUGAGGGUGUUCCAAAACUGGAAGACUUCAAACUGAUUGAGAAUGAGUUGGCACCACUUAAGGAUGGCGAGCUCUUACUGGAAUCAGAAUUUUGGAGUGUGGAUCCAUACAUGAGGCCAUACAGUAAGUUAUCCUUGAAGGAUGGGGAUGUCAUGAUGGGAACCCAGGUCGCCAGGGUUGUUGAAAGUAAGAAUCCUGCCUUUGCAGUUGGUGACUAUUAUGUUGCACGUGCAGGCUGGAAAACACACAUAAUAUCAGAUGGUAAAGAACUCCGUGCCUUACCAUCCAACUGGCCUGAAUCACUGCCCCGUUCAUUGGCACUUGGAGCUGUUGGAAUGCCUGGUGUCACAGCAUACAUUGGUCUCAAGGAAAUCUGUGAUCCAAAGCCAGGUGAAGUGCUUCUUGUCAACUCAGCAGCUGGUGCUGUGGGCACUAUUGUUGGGCAAAUUGCCAAGAUAAAGGGUUAUGUAUUGCUAGGAUCUGCUGGCUCAGAUGAAAAAGUUGCAUAUUUAAAAGAAAUUGGGUUUGAUGAAGCUUUCAACUACAAGACCGUGAGCUCUCUGGAGGAAGCACUAAAAACAGCAUCUCCGGAGGGUUAUGAAUGCUACUUUGAAAAUGUUGGAGGAAAGUUUGCUGAUGUAGCUCUUCAACAUAUGAAAAACUUUGGAAGAAUUGCUGUGUGUGGAAACAUCUCUACAUACAAUGAUUCUGUUCCUCAAACAGGGCCAUAUGUUCAGCCAUUAAUUCUCUUUAAACAACUUCGUAUGGAAGGGUUUCUGAUAUUCAGUUGGGAGAAUAAGCCAAUAUAUGACGAAGGACAGAGGCAGCUGUUGGAAUGGAUAUUAGAUGGCAAGGUUAAAUAUAAUGAACACAUCACUAAUGGAUUUGAGAACAUGCCAGCAGGAUUCAUUGGAAUGCUCAAUGGAGAAAACAUUGGAAAAGCAAUUAUCAAAGCGUGAACUUUAA